AUGCGUCUCGUGAUAGCAGUAAGCUUAUUGCUGUUUCUUUUCUGUGUUGUUUCUCCAUCCUUAUCAUCUGCUUCUGUUACUACUGAAUCUCAUACGGGUGGGGUGAGAAAGAAUGAUGAAACCGUCGCCCGUCUAUUACAGGAGUUAAAGGAGGAAGGCCAUCAAACACCGCCAGAGCCCCCAAAACACUUGGGCGUGCAUGCGGCCUGCCUUAAACAUGGACUUGGAUGCCCAGACUCCUACGUGGAUUUCCUGAUGAAACAGAAGAAAGAAGGAAAGACAAGCCAAGAGGAUAACAAGAUAAAUGAGCCAAUACGAAAAAUACCGUCAUCAGGAACUUAUAGUAAUGCUGCAAAUGUAAGGAGAAAUGCACCCAACAGUAACAAGGAUGCUACAGAUGAGGUGCAUCUAGAAAAUAUUCGUCGAGUGCGCAAUGUUAUGAAUGAUCGGCUAAAGGAACAUCAAUCACCAGAAAAACAGUGGCAUUGUCAACAAGUUCGUUGGUUUCACAGGGGACUAAAUACUGCUCUUACUCUCCACAAUGUAUUGGUAGACCGUUAUUGGAAUUUUAUUAUUUAUUCUUUUUUCCCAUGUGUUCUUUUAACUACUGUCCUCACAUGGAUUUUCUUUGGUGAUCGAAUGCCACGCGAACAUCUUUUGAGUCUCCUCGCUGAUGAUCCUAAUGUUGCUUUGACUGCAGAAAGAGCCCGUCGCAAGCCACCACACUCUGUGGCUGAAUUGGUAAUACAACGAGAAAGUUACAACAAUUCCAGUUAUGUAGAUGCAGAUGAAGAGGAUGAUGUUAACGGAGAUGUGGAAGGGGCGGAAUUAUUACCAAUGGCUAACCUGAAUGAAUUGGUGCGUCUACAGAAAGAAGCGCGAAAGUCUGAUAUUCAACACCGUGUGGAUCGUUGGAAUGUCGCUCGCUUUGCUCUCCUUGAAGCACACUCCGAGUCCACUGCGGCCGUAACGGUCCUAAAACUGCGACUCGUGUUAAGUUUAUUGGUUUUCUUCACACUUGUAUGGACACUCUUCGCAUUACCUCUGCGAGUGGCGGAUCUUCACAGUAGUAAUGGUGGUAUUUUCCAGUUUCUAUUCGCUUCCAUUUGCCCAUCAUGGAUGACCACAUCGAUCGCACUUUACUUUGCCUGGUCGUGGAUGGGCAGUAUGGUCGCUUUCGCCGGUUGGGAGGUCGUCUCUGCGGGGGAGGCGAUAUUAAAGUCGGACGCCCACGCCGCGGCCCUGCAUGAGAAGAUCCUGCAGCAUUGGUGUAGUUAA